UGCACAAACCCUUAUAAAUAAAGGCAGCUUAACCUCUAUACAUAAGCAUAACAUUUCAUUGUUAAUUUGUUGUGUCUCCCUAUUGUAUUACGAUGUUCUCGUUGAGGCUCCCUAUUGCACUAAAAAACACUCUAAUAACCAACCCUGCUCCUUCUUCUCAUCACCAUUAUUCCCGUUACCAAUCACACCGAUUCCCUUCACAACCCAUGGUUGUUACCAAACGUGGCAGUGGCACUACGGCUGCUGCUCCGAUUCCAAACACGGCACUUGAGUACGAGGCGGAAGGAAGAUCUUCUUCCCCAGAUGAAGACUUGCUGCUUAUGCCGGCAGAGCUGAAGGAGGAGCUGAUGCCGAAGCAUGUGGCGUUGAUUAUGGAUGGAAACAGGAGGUGGGCGAAAAUGAGAGGGUUGCCGCCGGUGGAGGGAUAUGUAGCUUUAGUGCAGCCCCUGAGAAGGGUGGUGAAAUUGUGUUUAAGCUGGGGAAUAAAGAUUUUCACUAUCUUCUUGUUGUCUACUGAAAACUGGGUUCUUCGUCCCAAGUUGGAGGUUCAAUUCUUGUUAAGCCUCUUUGAAAGAACAAUGAAUUGUGAAGUUGAAGCAAUCAUGAGAGAAAGAAUUAAAAUAUCUGUGAUUGGCGAUUCAUCAAAGCUCCCCAAGUCUCUACAGAAAAUGAUAGCUAUUAUUGAGGAGAAGACAAAGGAUAAUUCAAGACUCCAUCUUAUUGUGGCAAUUAACUAUGGUGGAAGAUAUGAUGUAGUCCAAGCAUGUAAGAGUGUAACUAAGAAAGUGCAAGAUAGAAUUAUUCAUUUGGAAGACAUUGAUGAAAACAUUAUUAAAAAUGAUUUGGAGACUAAAUGUAUCGAGUUUCCUUACCCUGAUCUACUAAUCCGGACCGGUGGAGAACUACGAGUUAGCAACUUCUUGUUAUGGCAAUUGGCAUAUACAGAACUUUUCUUUAAUCGAAAACUUUGGCCUGAUUUUGAGAAAAAUGAUUUUGUUGAGGCCUUAAGUUCAUUUCAACAGAGAGAAAGACGUUACGUCGGUGCGCAACAUUAG